AACUAAGUAUGUCACCAGGGUGUGCUGACCUACAGGUGUGUAGUCACAGAAAGGAAGUUCCAAGUGCCUACAAUGGGAAAGUAAGUCCGACGCUUGAUGUGGGUUUUAUUUUAAUGUUUCAAACAAAUGGUCGCUUUAAUAAAGAUUGUUUCAAGAAAUGCUAUAUCAGUGAGCGUUUGAAAAAUCGUAGGCUUGUUGAAGAAAACCUUCAACACACACAUACUGCAAGUGUAACAACACUAGAUCUAAACUCCUCGACUCUAUGUGGACUACAUGCAAUAUGAUUAUUCUCCUCAUGGUACAAUUCAACACUAGAUAAGCUCAUCAUGAAUUACCCAAGGCUAACUAGAUUAGUUUGUAAACUAAAUAUAUAGGCCUACAAUUGAGAAAGAAGUAAAGUUGAAAACAAUAUGUAUAUUAUAUAGGCCUAUUUUAUUAUACAAUGUGUUUGAGAAAGAGAAAUAUGUCUAGACUAGACAUUUUUAAUACACUGUAAUAUAAAAGAACAUAAAAUAAUCAAUAGUUUUAUCCAUCUCUAAUCCAUUUUAAAACUCAGUUUUAAAUUUAUUUUACUAUGAAAGUAACUGAACAGAAUGAGGGGCAAGAUUGCCAAUUAUCAAAAGUUAUAGGAUUACUACUAUCUGAAAUCUGCACAAGAAACUAAACAAUGUCGUCUGCAUUGAUUAUUUGUCAAGAUGGGGAGAAACAAAGUUUAAAUGAAUGGCUAAAAAUUCACGGAGACAGGCUGUAUCCAGGUGUUGGAACUAAAACCUGGAGAGUUCCACCUGUCAGAUUUCAUAAUCAAAAAAUUGUUUGUGAGAAGAGUUACAAAAGUUUUAAAAUUUUAGAAAAGCCAGCGCAAACAGACCAAGAAACCAAUUGUGCUGAAAAUAUUGUUUGUGGAGCUUUUGAAAAAUUAAGUGACUGCUUAGUUAGAAGAAGAGAUUCAGCCAUGUUUCUGGUGUCCAACUUUGAAUAUGAUAACUAUCUAAACAAAAUAAAGAUUCCUACAGAGCUACCAAAAGAUGUUGCCAAAAGGGGAGAGUUGGAUAUUUUAAUAUUACACCAGAAAGCAGGAAUUUUACUGGUCCAAACAAAAGCCGUUGGAUACAACUUUCCAAAGGGAGAUAGUCUUGAUGAUGUUUUUGUUCCUGCAGUACAAAAAGCUAUAGAAAAAGCUGGUGAUCAACUCUCCCGUGAUAGGCGUGUUAUGUUGCAUGUAAUGCAAGAUUUAUAUCUGACAUCUGAACAGAUGAUCUCAAUUGUAGCAUUACCCAAUCUACCCAGAAGAUACUUAGAACAAGCACUUUUAAAAUGUCCUGUAUUAAAAAAUAAAAUUGAAGAUGAUUUCAAACUCAAGGCUGAUAUUAAUUUCCUAUGUGAGGAAGACUUUAGAGCUGAAGACUAUGAGCACUUUAAUGCAUUAGAAAAAUGGUGGACAGAAAAAGUAACUACUCAAGCAAACAGCCUAGAUCUGGAAACAAUGAAACAGAUAGCUUACAGAACUGUUGGUCUAUUGUCUACGGUUAGUGUGUGGUCUCAUGUUCAUCCAAGAAUGGAAGUAAGAGAUUUGAAUGAUGCUGCAUGGGAAACAGGAAAUAGGUAUACUCAAGUAAUUUUAUCUCGUGACCAAGUGAACAUUUUAAACCAGGAACAUAAAUAUUUCUAUCUCUGGGGACCAGCAGGCUCUGGAAAGACCCUGCUUCUUUCUUUGAAAGGUCGUCAGUGGCUAAGAAAAGAUUACCAGGUUAUUAUACUGAAUACAAGACUUGGAUCUAAAGGUCGUACAGUUGGACAUGUCAUGGAGAGUCAGAUAAAUAAAACUCAAGGACUCUCAAAGACUGCAGUUCGUGUUGACAUAGAUUUAGUUGACGAUACAAAAACAUUAAUUGAUGAACUAAAGCAAUAUCAAGCUACCAACUCCACUGUUAGGUUUCUUAUUGAUGAAGUGACAUGGGUUCCAGAAACAGAGGAGUUAAUAACUUUACUGAAAAAGUAUUUUCCUCUCAGUGCAAUCUGGUGUGCUGGCUUGUUGCAAGAAUGUCAGCCCAAAGAUUUUCAAAGUGAACAGCUUCUAAACAUCCUGCGAUGUCCACCAUCAGUGCAAAGGGUUCUUCGUUUAGUAGAUAACAGGGAAGAUCGCUGUGGCAUGUAUCAUUUAAAUAGUUCAAAAGCUGGGCUUCCAACUGAUGGACCAGCGCCAUAUUUUAUAAUUCACUCUAGACAUGGGUCACCUGGUGUACAACCUUAUGACUGUAAACAGUGUGCUCAAGAUCUUUCUGACUUCCUUUUAAAUCAUUUGAAUAUGAAAGACAAUGUCAGAAACAUUCAAGCAGACAAUAUUUCAACUCCAACUCCAAAAUCAGCUAAAGAUGGCCCCAAAACAAUACCAAGUGCUAAAUGUGGAGGUCGUUUGCAUUUUAAUGAUGCAGUGCUUGCUGUCUCAAUGCCUCAGUCCUGGCAUCAUCCUACUGACAGGGGAUAUUGGGCCAUAUCUAGAGAAGCUCUUCAUUGGAAUAUGUUGCUCUUGGGUUCUGGGAAAUUUUGCACUUUUCUUCUGGACCAUGGUAUACCACUAAGAGUAGAGGGUGCGAUGACAUUUACUCCAGAUGGAACGGAGACAAAUAACAGUUUUGCCAUGUGUCCAAUAGGAUCAGUGCAUGGGUUAGAAUACAAGGUGGUAGUCUGCAUGCCAAGUGCUUGUGACCUUCCUCAAAAUGUUGAGAUCAACACCGGAAUAGUUCAAGGACAGAAAGAACCAAUUGUAAAAAUGAGAAGACUCAAGUUUGCAGAAGAGAUUAUGCAACAAAGAAAAGAAUUACUCAGACAAGGACUUGGCUUUUGUACAUGCUUUCUGAAAAGGAACCCCUGGCACAGAUGUGUGGACGACUCAAAGAAAGUGAAGAUGACAGGUGCUUGUGAGUCCAGCCUGGAACCAAAGAGUGAUAAAAUCAGGAUCUCCACUCAUGUUCAUGGGGACUAUCAGUUAAAUACAAGAGGGAUUGAGCAACCACGUGAUCUUCUGUAUGAGGAGGUUGAGAGUGCUGAAAACCAAACUAAGUGUUCAGUUGGGGACAUCUUGGUAUCACCAGUCACACCAGAGAAGAAUGAUGAAGUGGACACAAACAUAAAGCAAAUCCCAGUGUCAACAGAGCACACACCUGAUAAGUGUCUGCAGAAGCUGAAACAAGAAAUUUGCGGGCAAUGUGACACAUCUAACUGUGUGUGUAAAUACUUUAGAAAAAGGGAACUUGUUGCACUACAUAGACUUGAUCCUUGGGAUAAGGCUUACGUUCUUAUGUGUGCAUCUCGUUGCACUUCGCAACUGAUCCUAGUUCUUCCAUAACAUUUCAACAACAAAAAAAUAGGUAGAAGUUAGUUGUAAUCUGCUGUUUUUGUUCAAAUUAUUAAAGACUCAAUAUCUACUUUGUGCUAUGUAAAUUAAUCAUUUUUUCAGGUUUUCCACUAAUCGUGUCAAUUGAUUUUUAAUUAAAAUAAACAAUACUAAUACUAUUGUGAAACUAGAUUUAUUUGCUUUUGCAGUGUGGAUUUUGAUAUGGGUUGUACUACUGGAUCCAACCAGUCUCACACCUGUCAAUCAUUCCUUGAUCAACUAAUUUGUAACAUUUCUUUAGUGUCUUUUAAUUACAAGAAUUUGUGUAGUAAAAAGUAAAGUUGCCCUUUUGAACCUUGCCGUCCAUGUGCAGAUGAAGUAGAGUUAACCUGUUUCUUUUACCUCUUCAUUGAAGGAUAGUGUGGUCAUUACUAAUACUAUGUUGAGUCACCGAAAUUCUACUUUAUGUGAGCCAUUACCCUUUAGAGCUGGGUGGACUCUGGGACAUCUUAUGGACUCAAUUCCAGGAUCUUGAGACUUGUAGGUUAGCAGCUGUGCGCUCUAUUAUCUAACCACUGCAUAUUUUGAUUGUAAUAGUAGAGUGGACUAGAAAAUAAAAUUUUCAGUGGUGAAGUGACAGAAAUCUUUGGUGUGUUUU